GAAACAAAGCAAAGAGCAAAAAUAAAAAUAAAAAGUGGGGCGUCAGGGGUACACACGACGCAGUGAAAGUUUUCUCGUAACAAUGACGUAGCUGAAAAACGAGAAGUACGUGCCAAGAGUUUACUGAGCACUGUGGUCUUCUUUCCUAAUCUUCCCGCCGUGUCGCUGCCAUUUUUAAAUUGCUAUUAUACUUUAUUAAAAACCCUAGAUUGCAAUAUUCUCUCUUGGCCAUCGCUUUUCAUGCAACACUCUCUUUAAUCUAAUGAAAUUUUAUAUUGGAAUCAACUGAUGGGUAGUGAGUAUUCUGGAAGCAAUAAUUAUGCCAAAAAUUCUACAGAGCAAGAAAAUCAAAACGAUGGACUUAAUUCUACUGUGAAUGAGAAAAUUGUGCAACAAGUUCAAAAGAUAAGGCCUAAAGGAUUUUUUUUGGAAAGAAGAGUUAGCCCAAGACUUAAAAACAUAUCCAAGGACAAAAGACCAUAUUAUGGCAGUGGCCAGAGAAGAAGCUUACAUUCUUCUGAAAACAUUACUGCUAGAAAUAACCUUUAUCAACAUGCUCCAAAUGUAAGGUCAGAGGGAUUUCUUCUGGAGCGAAGAUCUAGCCCAAGACUUAAACAUAUAUCUGCAGACAGAAGGCCGUAUUAUGGCAGUGGUCAGAGGCGGCAGCUAUAUGCUCCUAAAGGUGACAUUCAUAAAAAAAUAACUGAAGGUAAUGAAUGGAAGCGGCGAUUGUAUUCCCCUAAUAAUAAUAAUUCCUGCAAGGGAACUAAAGGCGGUGUUGCUUUGACAGAGAAAGUCGUGCAAAAAGUUCCUAAAAUGAAGUCAGAUAGAUCUCUUUUGCAGCAAACUGUUAGCCCACAACUUAAAAGACCGUUACAGAAAAUAUUAUAUUCCAGUAGUGAUCAAAGGAGGCAGAUAGAUGCUACUAAAUAUAACCUCUGUGAUGUAAAAAAUAAACAUGAUGACCGAAUGAGGGUCCCAUGUUCACCUAAUGAUGAUGCUACUGAACAAAUAACUAAACUCAACCUGCCAAUGCAAGAAUGUUUCCAUAUGGCUAUAGAAGGCACAGAAGAUGGAGGUGCCAAAAGUGAUUUGGUUCUUGGUUUUUCAUGUAUUGAACAUGAUACAUCAGCUAUGGAUUUAGAAGAUGGAGCUUAUUUGGAAUUAAGAAGGUGUAAAAGUUGUCUAGCUGAUAGCAUGCAUCAAAGGUUUGGUGAAAGGGUAAGAGAGACAGUGGUGGGCCUGAUGGCCUUUUCGCCCUUGAUGUUAAUGUACAAAAGUAGCGAUAAUUACACAAAGAGUGCUAGCAAGCAAGAAACUGAUAAUGAAGUACUUGAUGUUACCAUGAGAAAGACUGUUGCGCAACAAUUUCAGAACAAAGAGUCUCAAGGACUUCUUUUAGGGCGAAGAGUUAGUCCAAGACUUAAAAAUGUACCCAAGGACAAAAGACCAUAUUAUGGCAGUACUCACAAUAGACAGUCAAAUGCUGCUAAAGAUUAUGUCUGCAGCAACAGUGAUUGGAAGAGGAAAUUAAAUUCUCCUAAAGAUGAUAUGACAAAGAAAAAAACUAAGAUUGAUUGGGUGAUGCAAAAAUGCCUGCUAAAUGUAGCUAGGAAAGACAUAUGCGACGUGGAUGCUGAUACCUGGCUGAAUUCUGAUUCCGGACCUGUUAAGUUGGAAAAUACAGAAAUAAAGGAUUUAAGAAGUGGUGCUUAUUUGAAAUCAAUGGGCUGUAAGAGGUCUGUAGCUGAUGAUAUAUGUCAGAGGGCUGGUGAAAGAGAAAAACAGAUGGAUUGUUUUGAAUGGAAAAGACCACCUAAAGAUUCUUCUAGAUUAGUGGGCUUGGUGUGUGAGGACAUAUCUAAUGGCGAAGAAGAUAUACCUAUUCCAGUUACCAAUUUGAUUGAUCCUCCUCUUGCACCUACAGGGUUUAAAUAUACCAAGUCCAUUCAAGUUGCCAGAAAUGUAAUUGUUCCGCCAAGUCCUUCUGGAUGCAAUUGCAAAGGAAACUGUACCAAUCCAAUGACUUGCUCCUGCGCUCGACUCAAUGGUUCUGACUUUCCAUAUGUGCGCAAAGAUGGUGGCAGAUUGAUCGAACCAAAGGAUGUAGUAUUUGAAUGUGGUCCAGGAUGUGGAUGUGGGCCAAAUUGCAUCAACCGUAUAUCUCAACAGGGAAUAAAAUAUCGGCUUGAGCUUUUCAUUGAACAGGUGUACCGUACACGAAACAAAGGAUGGGCUGUUAGGUCUUGGGACUUUAUUCCUUCAGGUGCUUUUGUAUGUGAAUACAUUGGAGUUCUUAGGCAAUGUGCAGACUUGGAUAAUGUCUCCGAGAAUGACUUCAUAUUUGAGAUUGAUUGCUGGCAUACAAUGCAUGGGAUUGGGGGAAGAGAGAGGCGACAAGGUGAUGUGUCCAAACAUGCACGUUAUCUGGUGGAGAAAAUGGAUGAAGCACAAAGUGAGACGGAAUUUUGCAUAGAUGGAGCUUCUUGUAGUAAUGUUACCAGAUUUAUUAAUCACAGCUGUGACCCUAACCUAUUUGUCCAGUGUGUUUUGAGCUCCCACCAUGAUAUUAGGUUUGCCAGGAUUGUGCUAUUUGCUGCAGAUGAUAUACCUCCUAUGCAGGAACUUGCAUAUGACUAUGGUUAUGCACUCGAUAGUGUUAUUGGUCCUGAUGGGAAGAUUAAAAAAUCACCAUGCUACUGUGGUACAAGUGAAUGCCGGGGACGCUUGUACUAGGCAGGCAAAGAUUUCUAUUCUAGAUUUAGGUUAUAUUCUUUGUUGUUGUUGUUGUUAUUGUUGUUGAAACUAGUGUUUAUUUAAGCUAGUUGGUAGGGCCGUGCCUCUUUAAAAAGUGAACUGUAAACGUCUCAUGCAAAUUUAGUUCAUGGGCCUGUUUCCUCCGUUUUUCCCUCUAUUUGUAUUGUACAUGUGCCUCCUGUAGUUUUUCUUGGGGCCAUUCAUUUUUUAGAAUAACAUCAUGUCAUGCAAUGAUCUGAUUCCUUGGACCUAAUUUACUUGAUUUUCCCGACAA